AUGAACUUGUCUGUUGUCGCUGUCACUGAAACAUGGUUGGACUCCACAAUUCCGGACUCUGCUCUAUUCGAGACUCACAGUGUGUUUCGUAAGGAUCGCAAUCGUCGAGGUGGAGGUGUGUUACUUGCGAUUUCGAAUUCUCUGAAUCCAACAGCAGUUGAUUCCAGUGGUUUUCCAUCAUCCAUUGAGUUUGUAUGCGCUGCUUUUACCAUUAAUUCUGAGCGUUGGCUCUGCGGAGCAUACUACAGGCCUCCCACGGAUGCUGCUAGUUUGGGACUUCUCGAAGAAGUAUUGAAUAACCUUGAAUUGGACCUGUACGCCGGCUUUAUUUUGAUGGGCGAUUUUAAUAUCAACUGGUCGCCUGUCAAUCCGUGCCCACUGAAAUCUACACUUCAAGAUUUAGCCGACAGCUUUUGUGUGGAUCAAGUCGUUUCUAAACCUACAGGGUCUUCAGCUGACUUUUUGACGAAUACCAUAAUUGAUCUGAUAUGCACAUCUCGACCAGAUCGCGUUUGUAAUGUCAGCAUCGAGCCUGGACUGAGCAGUUCUGAUCAUCACAUGGUUUCCUUCAGAAUUCGAGGAUCUCCUGGUAAGCUGCCAGAUCAGGUUCGUGAAACGUUCCAAUAUCACAAAGCCGAUCUGAACCACUUUCAUAACUUGCUGUCUGCGGUGCCCUGGAACCUGAUUGAUUACAGCGACUUAGACGAUGCUUGGGAGAACUUUAGCGAUUACUUCCUUGCUUGUGUGCGGGAAUGUAUUCCUGUCCGUCGAGGUAGAAAACGAGUUAAACCCUGGAUUUCUGCGGAUCUGCACAAGCUGAUACUUGAAAAACGCAGACUUUUCAGGAGAGCUCGAUCUACAGGGACUGCGUCCGCCUGGAACAAGUACAAACAAGCUAGAAAUAAGGUUCGCAAAUCCUCCAAAAAGGCUUACAAUGACUUUGUGACUGAUCUGUUUCAGAAAAAGGAUAACCGUAAGUCCUUCUGGUCGUUUGUUAAAUCCAAACGAAAUACUUCAAACUCUGUCGAUUGCUUCCUUCUGUCAGACGGUAGCAAAAUCUGUGACCCAACACGGAUUGCAGCUGAGUUUAAUUAUCUGUUUGCCAGUUUCUUUUCCGGAUCUGCGGAUACCAACGAUGUCACUGCCCCUGCGCUGGACAUCCCACCUCUGAACAAUUUCAGGAUAACCACAGCGCAGGUUGCCUCUGAAAUCAAGAAACUGUUUGCUCGAAAAGCUCACGGUCCAGAUGGCAUCAGUGCACAGAUGCUAAAAUUAGCUUGCCCUACCAUCAUACCUGUGCUGACUAAAUUCUAUAAAUAG